GAGCAAGCAAGACGAACGAGUCUUGCGUACCUGUAUUCUCUCCGUCCACGUUUCCUUCUCUAUUCUGUCCCUUCUCCUCUCUCUUCUCUUUUUCCGAGUCUCACUCUCUAUCCCCCCUCCCCCCUGCCAUCUUCCUCACCCUCCCCACCUCUACUCUCCCCACCCCUCUCCCUCCCCCCUUUUUCACCCCCCCCCAGAUCCGCCUGUGCCUGCCUCUUCUCGCUGCUGCGCUUCCAGCACGAAAACGUCUUUCGGGUCAACUCAAGAGUCAUCUCUCCCUCCCCCCUUCCCCCCCACCCCCCGUUCCCCUCGCAGAUCCGCCUGCGUCUGUCUCUUCUCUCUCCUGCGCUUCCAGCACGAAAACGUCUCCCCGCGUCCCACGCCGCACGUCGCGCCGACGUUGCCGGGGGACGUCGUCCUGCACGCCCAGCGCCCCGCGUCCCCCGUCCCCGGCGGGAGCUCCGCGCACGGGGGGUGGGCGCUAGCUCCGCUCGUGCGCACGGGCAGCGGAAGCACGGGGGGAUUCGGCGGGAGCGGGGGACUGAUCCGCACGGCCAGCGGGGGGUUCAGCGGCGGCGGCGGCGGCGGUGGCGGUGGCGGCGGCGGAGCGCUGAGCAGCCGCAGCAGGAGCGCGAGCCCCGUUCCCGGCGCGAGAUACGGCGCGGAGAGAGAGCGCGACCUGGCUGUAGCGCUAGAGCGGGAGCGAGAGAGCGACCGAAUGGGACGAGAGAGAGAACGCGAGCGGGAGAGGGAGAGGGAGCAGGAGAUGUAUGAUCAUCAACAUCAUCAACAUGACCAUCAUCACCAUCAUCACCAUCAUCACCACCGGCAGCGCUCCUUGUCGCCCUUACCUUCUACCACCGCCUCUGGCGCAUCGUCCGCCGCGUCUCUCGGGUACGGGCCGACGUACCGCGCUCUGACGGGGCGCGAUGACGUGGACUCGCUCGACGGCUUCUCGCUGCUCCACUCCGAUUCGCUCUCCUCCUCCGCCUCGGGCAUGCUCGGCUCGCUUGCGCCCACCAGCCCCCGCUACGGCGGCGGCUCGCCCGUUUCCGCCUCCGCCGCGGCGCCGGCAGCGGCAGCGGCGGCGGCGGCGGCGGGGGCUGCUGCUCCACCUUCCCCCGCGGCGUUCUGGCCGCUCGUGCCGGGGGGAAGCUCUGUAGGGCCCUCUGCUGCCGCAGCGGCAGCGGCGGCGGCGGCAGCUGCUGCGGCGGCAGCCGCCGCGACGGCGGGUCCCCAGUCUCCGCGUUCCGCGGUGUACGCGCAGAUAAUGGCGGAAAUGCGGCAGCAGCUGGCGUCAUUAGGGGGUGGCGCGGCGCAGGGAGCGCAUGGCGGUGGCGCGACGGGCGGAAUGGUGGGGGGAAUGUCGGUGCACGAGGUGGCUGCUGCUGCUGUCGCCGCUGCGACUCUCGCUAACGAGCAGCACCAGCAGCAGCAGCAGCAGGCGCAGGCGCAAGCGCAGCAGCAGCAAGCGGUGGCGGCGGCGGCGGCGGCGGCAGCGGCAGCCGCGGCAGCAGGAGGCGGCGAUUUCCAGACGAUACUCUCAAAGAUGAUGCUAGCCUCUUCUAACCCGUCCCAGCCACCGCCGCCGGCGCAGGUGCUGCCGCUGCAGCAGCAGCAGGUGCAUCAUCCGUUCCCCGCUGGCCAAGGCGGUAGCUCGCACGUCCUCCCAGCGGUGCACUCGUCAGCUGCCGCUACGGGUAGCUCUACCACUACUGGCGGCGCCGCGAAAAGCAGCGUGACUAGCGCGGCUCCGACUGUGACACUAUCGGAGGGCAUGGAAGAACUCAAAUCAGGAACUACUAUCGGCGGCAAUUGCGACGGCAGCACUGGUGGUUCCACCAGCGGAAGUGGCGGCGGCAGCAGGUGGAGACAGCCCGCUCGGCGCGCUGCGCGCGGGCGGUCGGAGGGGCGCACGCUGGCUGGCGGCGCACGCAUCGGUGGCAGCAGCGCGGCAGGUGGCGGCGGCACGGCGGGGCAGGGGGAAGCCGCCGGGGGGGCAGCAGGCGGCGGCGCAAAGGUUGACGGGCAAACGGCGGAAGCGAAAGCGGGCGGUGGCACCAGCGCCAGGGGCGGCGGCGGCGGCGGCGGCGCGUUUUGGCCUUCAGGCGCAUCGGACGACUCGGACUCGGGGAGCUUCUACGGCCCUGCUGCGGCAGAACUGGAGACUGCUGCGCGCGCGGCCGCGGCGGCGGAUGGCGGGGGAGGGGGAAGCGGAGGUGGAAGAGCGGGCGGAGCGCUUGAGAGAGCUUCAGCGGGGGAAGAGAUAGGGGCGCAGGUAGCGGGAGAGGAGAAGGGGCACCUGUCGGAUCACAGUGCAGGAGGUCUGUCGCACAGCUCGCAAGGGACGCAGGGGUCGCACAGGUCCCAGAGCUCGAGCGGGGAUUUGCGAAAUUUCGCAGGCGGCGUGUUUCUCGGGUCGUCGUCGUCCUCCGCCGGCAGGGACGGCAGCGCUAACGGCGGCGGAAGCAGCAGCGGGGGAAGCAGCGGUAGCAGCAGCGGGCCGAGCAGGAACAACAGCAGCGGGGGAAGCAGCAGCGGGGGAGAUUCCUCCGCGGAGUCGGAAGCCGCGGCGGCGCUGCCCGCGUCUGUGGCGCGGAGAUGGCGCAGGGCGGGCGGGAGGUCGUCCCCCAGCGGAUAUUGGAAGAACGGCGCUGGCGGGGGGACUGGCGGAAUUUUCCGGGAGGGGAGCGGGGAGAUGGAGCAGAUGAGCCUGGAUGGCGGAGUGGGGGAUACACUUUCCGCCCCGCGCAAGUCCCCCAUCCCUUCCCCCCCCCGCUCACCGCGCGCGCUAACGAUUCCGCCGCCACUUUCGCUGCCGUUUGACUCCGCGGAUGGAGGCGGAACUUUGGGCGGAAAGGGGGCGGGCGCGGGGGAUCAGGUGGCAAGAAGCAGAAGCAUUUCCCCGCUGGCCUCCCCCUCGCCUGCGCGUGAGUGGGCCGCGUGGACGCAUGAUUGGUCAGGAACGAGCAGCGGUAACUCGCGAAACAAUUCGCGAAGCCCCUCGCCCAAGCCAGUGAAAAGCCCCAGCCCCGAGCCUGCAGGCUCGGACGGGUCACCCAGGUUUGGAAACGCGCGAGCCUGGGGUGGAGCAGGUUCGGCAGGGGGGGGAAGGCAGGUGCAAGCUACGGAUGCUACAGUGAGGAGCUUUGCGGAAUGGAUAGACGUGAAGAGGGGGAUGGGAGGGGAGAGGGGGGAGAGAGUGGCGGAGGGGGCGAAGGGGGAGAAGGGGGAGAAGGGGGAGAAGCAGCAGCAGCUGGGGGGGAUUGAGGUUGGGGAUGAGUAUGGGGAACAGUUGAGCAAGGGAGGUGGGCGAGAGAAGGGGGAUUGGAGGAAACAGGGAUGGGGAGGGGUGGAGGAAAGAGAGAGGAAGGGCGGAGUGGUUGGGGAGAAGGAGGGUGGAAGUGGAUGUGAGAGGGAGGAGGGGAGGAGCAACAGCAACAGCAGCAGCAGCAGCAGCAGGGGCAGCUAUAUCUGUGGAGAGGAGAGCAAGGGAGGAGGGGACGCAGUGACUACGCGGCUGACGUGCAAGGUGAAGGACUCUGCCUCUCACACGGACCCCAGCAGCAACAAAGACAUGCAGCAGCAGCAGCCAUGCACCCCUAAGCCCCACCACCAGCACACCGCCUCCGUCUCCCCCCCUUCCCCCCUGCUCCCCCCCUGGUGCUACUCCCCCCGCAAGGCCUCCCCCUCCCGCCCCUCCUCCCUCCCCUCCACCCCUCGAGCCCCCCCUCUCCUCCUCUCACCUUCAGCUCUUGCUGGAUCUCCUUUCAGUGUUACACAAGGGGCAGGUAAAGGGGCAGGUAAGGGGACAGGGGAAGAAGCAGGUACAGGAAUAGCAGCAGAAGCAGCUGCUGCUGCGAUGGCACGUACAAUGAUGACCCCUGCAGCUGUCGCCCUAGACCGUGUAGCUUCUAUUGCUGUGGCAUCUUUAGGCACAGUGGAAAUGCCACGCAGAUACGCCUCCCCCAGUAGGAACCCCUCUCCGUCCAGAAGUGCUGCUGGUGGUGGUGGGGGGGGGAGGGAAGGUGGGUCUGCAGGGGUGACACGGGGUCUAGUGCGGUCCUUAUCCAACGUAUCUGUCAGCUCUGUCGGCUCCAAGCCUAUUGUUCCGGACCCGGCUCAAGUGGCAGCAGUGGCUGCCAUCGCAGUGGCUAAGGCCCAGGCCGCUUCAGCAGCAGCAGCAGCGGCAGCUAAAGCACAAUCCUCUGUCCCUGCCCCUCCCUCCCCCUCUUCCUAUUCCUACACCUAUUCCUCUGGUGCGGCCUCUCCCUCACCAUCUCGCCUGCCCAUCCGUCCCUCUCCUCCCUCCUCCCCCCGCUCUCUGCUCUGCCCUCCCUCUCUGCCCUCCACCCUUCGACUCGACAGCCUCUCUCCCUCAACCGCCACCGCCACUACUGCUGCUGCUGGUGAGAGGGUCCCCCUCACCACAUCUCCCACAGCUCCCGCUGCUGCAAGUGUACAGACCAAUGGGGCUGCUGGUGCUUCUGCUGCUGCUGGUUCUGCUGCUGGACUUAAUGUCAGUGCCACCGGUGGUGGCAGUGGGCUUUCUAUGGGGGCGGAGACCCCCGUUCCUGCAUCGUCCCCUGUAACUGCCUAUCUCAUGAGGAAACUGAGAGCGUCGGCGGCGGCUGCUGCUGCUGCUGCUGCUGCUGCUGGUGCUGCCACGGCUGCUGGUGAUGCUGGUACCGCUGGUGGUGCUGGUGGUGCUGGUGGUGCAGCAGGGGGGAUUAAGCCAGGUGGCGAUGCAGGGAAGCAAGGCACUGCGGUCAAGGAAUCGUCUCCGGUGCACCAAGUGCAGAAACAGCAGCCGCAGCAGCCGCAGCAGUCAGUGAAGCAAGGGGGGGGGCAGCAGCAGGAAGCACGGGUUGAGAAGAAGACAAGCGCGCAGAGGGUGGGUGAGCAGAAGCAGAAGCAGCAGGAGGGGAGGAAGCAGCAGGGGAGGCAGCAGCCCAAGCCCCUGCAUCAGUGGAACGCCAACGGCAGUGAGUGGAAAGCAGCAGCAGGAGGGCUGGCCGGUGUGAGUCUCGUGAAGAGCAGCAGUGUGGGGAGCUUUAGUGUUGGUGGCAGCGGUGGUGGUGGCGGUGGUCAGGGUGGGAUUCAUAAUACUGUGUGCAGCGUGGGAGGGGCAGGAGCAGCAGGAGCAGGAGGGGCGGGAGGAGUGGGAGGAGCGGGAGGACAGCACCCCAAAAACCACCAUCAUCAUCAUAAGCAGCAGCAUCGUCGUCGUGGCAGCAGCAGCAGCGGUGGCAGCAGCGGUGGGGGUCAUGAGGUACGGACAGCAUCGUCGCAGAACGUGCCCUCGUCGCCCCCAUCACCCUCCUCCUCCACCUCCUCCACCUCCUCUUCCUGUGCCUCGAGCCACGCCCCUCACUGCAGCAUCACCCGCAGUGCUGCUGCUGUCAGUGCGCAUGCUGCUGGCAGAUCCCAUGUUAGCACUACUCACAGCAGCACUCACAUCAACACUCACAGCAGCACUCACAACAGUAGCAGCAGUCACAGCAGCAGCAGCAGUGGGAUGGUGCGCAGCAGCAGUGUGAGAUCGCCCAAGUUCAAUUCUCUCCCCACGCUGAUAGAGGCGGACAGCUUCAAGGAAGGAAUCAACGGCCCUGAUGCCCCGGACGCAUCUUGCACUGGCAAGAUGACGUCACGCGGGAGGGAGGGAGGCAAGUCAUCUCAGACGGUGGGUGAGGAGAGCAGUGGGGGCAAGGCUGGGCGGAAGGGCAGUGGGAAGAGCAGGCGUGUACGGAGCAAGCAGGAGCCUAAAGGAGGGAGCGGUGGUAGUGUUGGAAAGGGCGCCCUGGUGAUGCUCCCCUUCACACCAACCACUGCUGCCCCUGCCCCUGCCCCUGCCCCUGCACCUCUCACUACUGAGGCGGCUACCCUUUCAGCAGGACUGUCGUCACCAGCAGCAGUACAGGCAGCUGGAAAAGCUCCUGCAGCAGGCACGAAGAAGGUGAAGGUUCCUGGGCUGAGCAGCAGCGUGCAUGCUGGGAAGAAGGCUGCACAAGCUGCUGCUGCUGCUGCUGCUGCUUCUGGUGCAGGCAGCAGCAGCUCUCAGGUGGGCGUGGCUCAGGUGGCACCUUCAACAGUGCUGGUGCUGAUGACUGGGGAAGAAGCAACCGCUGAUAUUGGUGCUGCUGAAUGUCCUCUUGUUGAUCAGGGCGAGGAGAUGGAGAUGGAAGAGCCUCACUAUAAGGAUGAUCAGCAGGAGCAGCAGCAGCAGCAGCAGGAGGAGGAGGAGGAGAUGGUGAUGGUGGAAGAGGAAAGGCUGGAAGUGCAGCAGCACCAGGCGCAGGAGCAGGCACAGGAGCAGCAGGCGCAGCAGCAGGGGUGGAGGCAGAGGAAGGAGCAGAGGAGGCACAGCAGCAGGUCGCGGGGCCUGUCUCCCAUGCGAGGCAGCUCCGUGGCGUCCAUGGUCGGGGGCGCCAUGGCCUUCCUUGUGCGAUCUGCCAGCAGCUCCUCCUCACGUGCACAUGCACAUGCACCUGCACACAGCCAUGCACAUGUGAAUGCUCCCAGUGGAGGAGGUGCGGACAUAACGACUCGUAGCGGUCAGCCUAGCAUGGGAGCAUAUGCUCCUGGUGCUCCUUCUCCCAAGGCAAAUGCUGCCUCUGCUGCUUCUGCCGCUGCCGCAGCUACAGAUGCUGCUUUUGCCAGCCCUGCUUCACCUGCUGUCUCCUCUGCUGCUCCCGCACCAACGCACCAAGCCGCAGCUCUGCAGCCGCGCUACACUAUCUCAGAGCCCAUCAAGGGAGGGGUGGGGGCAGUGUGCGCUGGGGGGCCUGAGGGAGAGGAGGAUGAGAGUGAUGCUGAAACAGAGGCAGUUAGCCGUAUGAUGGUGCCUCGUCAGGCGAUGGGCUUAGCAGCAGCACCUCACACUGCUCACACUGCUCACACUGCUUACCCUGGAGCUAGGACCCUCAGCCCACGCACUCAGCCACCCGCCUACCUGCGCUCUCCCGCUCAUAUGGACUCCCUUAUUGUCGACCUGCCUCCCGUUGUUGUCACAGACAUUACAGCCACACAUGGUGUGCUGCCCCCCCCCUCCCCUCACGCCCCCACUGGCAGCUUUGGAGGUAAGAAAGCUGAUUUUGGCGGGUCUAGGGUUUCUCCUAUUACAGUGCCUGGGAAGAUGUUCAAGACGGUGCCAUCCACGCCGGAGAGUGGCCGGAAGCAGCGCCUGUCUGCACUGCGCAAGAUGUUCGGAUUUUAGAAGUGGCGGCGAUACUUGUAGUUGUGAUGUUAGUUCCUAGAGGGGUUGCUCUAGGAAUAUGGGUUAAACUGAGCUAUUAUCUGGGUGGUGGUGAUGCUUUAUACAAUAAAUGUGCUACAUUGAGUGGUGAAAUUUUGUU